CAAACGACGUGGAAUCCAAAACGGACACAAACUUUCGAUCUUUGGCCAAGAACGGUGCUUUUUGUGUUCAUUGCUGUUCCUAAUAUUGCUCGUGUCGGACCGCCAGAGUGUAAUUUAGCAACAAACCGCAAUCUACUUUGAAGCUCGGAAACAAUGGAUCAAUUCACCAAGUUCUACGAACCCGGACGCUCGUUCGCCAAGGAUUCCAUUCGGCUCAUCAAGCGGUGUACCAAGCCGGACCGUCGUGAGUUCCAGAAGAUUGCCAUCGCCACUGCAAUCGGGUUCUGCAUCAUGGGAUUUAUCGGUUUCUUCGUCAAACUGAUACACAUCCCGAUCAACAACAUCAUCGUCGGAUCAUAAAGCCGCUUUGCCGGAUCCCGACCCACUUUGCAGUUCAUCAUCCAGCAUCCCGGUUUCCCUAUCUUCAUCUAUUGACGACCGGAAACGGUCUUCGUGCGUUCCGAUCGUCCAACUCUCUCAUCUGAAUCAUAAAUGUUUCCCUGGCACGAAAGCGAAGAAACAGCAGCGUUGGUGGCCUGGUGGCAGGAUUGCUCGUGCACCCGGGAUGGGCCACUCCCGAUGCCGUCUAUCAUUUUGUGUUGGCAUAUACUCUAGUGUGUAUUUCCGUUCUCGAGCGUUGUUAAAAGUAAUUCACUGUGUGUGGCCCGAUGUGUGAAAUAGCUCGCGCCACGUAUUUUUGUGAAAUCAAAUAAAUAAUUUAUUGUUUCACUCAAAAAUGGUUCCAAAUUGUUG